AUGGACGAAAAGGAGAUAGUGCGGCGCUUGUCGGGUGACACUAAGCACCGCCAACACCGAAAGAGCGGUAGGACAGUCAUCAGCAUCAUCAUCAUUAUCACGGCCGCGCAGCCCAGCCCGAGCGACCGCCAGAGCCGGUGUGAGGAGAGGAAAGCGAGGGAAGAGCAAGUCAUUAGCAGCAAUCUGACCUCUUAUUCGGAUCCUCCAGUUAUUACAGACUGCGCACCUCCCGCCGAGUCACCCGUCCGGCACCCGUCGUCCGCCAUCGCAUCGCAUCGCAUCGCAUCGCAUCGCAUCCACUACAACCAUAGGAUAAUUUUAAGGCCGGAAAUCCUCGAAUCCACGAACGAGCCCGACUCACCCAUUCGUGCGCCUUUCCUCUACGUCGGAUCCGUGGUGUGA